AUGACUAUUUGCCUGAAUUGAAGAACGGAAUCCAGAUAUUCUAGCUUGGUAAAUGUUGCAUCUGAUGAAAAGAUCUUUGCACAGAUGUCUCGGGCAACAUGGGCCAUGGCCAGCUCUGAAAGGGGAAAUGGAGCGAAACGACUGGGGCGAAAUGGUUAGGGAGCGAAACGACCGGAUACCCCAACGAAAACGUCCGAAGUAGCUUCGGGUGUUUCCGUGAGUGAGCAUAGCAACAGCAUCAACAACAAUACCGGCAGCUGAUCCGUUUGCACCCUCCAACAUCAUCAAAAUUUAUUAGUUUUUACAUAGCAGGUGAAUUUUUUCAAUAGUUCACAGGUGUUAUAACGUCACAGACGUAAAGAUGAAUCAAAAACCGCAAGAAAUAGGAUGGAUGUACCACAUGGCACCAAAGUCGCGUGUAGAUGAUGAUCCAGAAAGCUACCCACCACCAUCUCAGAUCCCCGGGCUUAACGGUGAAGAAAUCAUUCAAGAUGAAAAUGAGGGUGUGCGAGGUUGGAUCAAAGACACCGACUCGAAAUACAUACGCCUGGCAAAACAGGGUGGGAGACCAGACCUCCUCCGAUUCAAAGAGAAUUUCUCUCACAGUAAGGAGCCAAGGGGUUACCCACGGUGUGAAUGGUUUUAUAUUGAAGACAAUAAGAUGGACGAUGCACAACAGGGAAUAGGACAAGAGGACCAAAGCCAAGGCCGGCCAUAUGUUCCGAAACUUCCUGAGUACAUGGUCCAUGAAGCAUACGUCCCCUCAGCAUCUUCACCACAACAAGAUCCUGGCAAAUUCCGUCCAAAACGGUUACCUUAUGCCGAAAACACUGAGUCUGUUUACGAGCGCGAUGGACGGUCAGCGACGGAUAAGACGAUGCGGAUCCCAGAAGCACGGAAACCAGGAUAUGGCAUACGGAGCGGGAAUGAUGAGGGGAAAGUGAAGAAGACCCCAAUGCCGGAGAGAGCUAAGAAUGCAACAAGAGGAGAGGCUCGUCCUGAUCAUAUGCCAGAGGAUGAAUCGGCACCAAUCAUGGGCAAACUUCUGGCCGGGACGUAUGAACAGGAAUGGCACGACCGUUGCCAUCAGUGGCAGAGUCAACAGGGUAAAGCUAAGCCAAAGGUCGAAGUAAAGACGAAGAAAGCUGAUGCAAUGCCACAGUCAGUCUACAGAGAGGCAUUCGCUCCGCCGCCACAGAAGAGAGAGAUUAAACAUGGUCGUAGAUCCGCCGGUGCUGCAGAUCAGAAACACCGUGACCAGUCGGGUGAGGGUGACAAUGAAAUCAAUCGGGAGAUUCACAAGAUGGAAAAGGAUCUAGAAAAUAAGGAACUGUUCAAACUGAGCAAAUUCAAGAAUGUCCCAUCGAAGCUGGAUACAAACAGACAUCCACAAAGAGCACAGAAAACAGAGGGUUUUGUUUACUAGACUGUUGAAAUUUUACUGCUGUAAGUUGUGUACAAUCAACAAGUUGGUUGGGGCAAAGUCGGAAAGCUGAACGAAUUUCAAGCUUGUAAUUAAUGAGGUUGGAGCUAUUGGUGCCUGUCAUGCGCUAUACUUAGUCUGGGACUGUUUUUCGGGGGUUUUACAAGGUGGUAGUUGUUAUUUUUGUCGAAUGACUGGAUUGAGCUUCCGAGGACACUGUGCCGGAAGGUGGGGAGAUUUUAUUGGGUUUGUCAGUUGUCUUGACUUGAAUAUAGGUCCAGGAUCAGUUUUUUGAUGUCCAGAGAUUCAGUUUGUUGUCACAAUUUGUAUGAGGUAUUGUUAACUGUCUUGUGUUGUAUGUUGAAGACAAUGUGUAGAACUGCUCCUGGUGCCAACAUUUAGUGCCAGUCUCACAUAAACAGGUGUUUCUCGGCAGGCUAUUCUUUGAACUUGUUUGGCUGUUUAUCACUCGAACUGGUGCCAUCUGUGCAGUGACUGUGUCAAUGGGUGUAUGCGAGUCGACAGGCUUCUUUGCCACAAAAGCCAUACAGGUAUAAUCGGCCAAAUGUACAGGUUUGUCUUGACUGGCAUAAACCUGUCCAUGCAGACUUACAGUUUAUUGAUUUACCAUUGAGAUUACGAAAAGGUGAACAAUAGAUGUGUCACUGUCACAGAACUAAUUUUGAUUUAUCAAUGCUGCCUUGACAGCCCUGGCCGUCAUGUACCUGGGCAAACAGUGUGAACCGAGAUCGACACUAUCAUCUUGUGAUGGGUCACAAUUUAUAUCACUUCACAUUUGACAAGGAAAGGUGAAGUCACUUUUGCUGCCAAAUAUUUUUUCUGAAACCUUUUUUCAUUAUUUCUAGAAAGUGGAUUUCUAGUGGUACAUGAUGCUGUACAGUGUAUGUUUAAAGUGUGUGUUCAGAUGUGAUCUAACGCAUGUGUGCCGCUUUAUAGUGGGUUGGGGGAUAAAGACGACAUUUUCAUGAAUGUCACAGACACAGAUCACACAGGGGUUGGAACAGAAUACAACCAAAAUAGGGAUUUGGGGACAUUUGUGUUUGUUCCAUGGGAUUGUGUACAUUGAAAUUUUGUAGAUAUGAAAUGUACAACUGUAUACUUGUCUUGUUGCCAUCGUUGCUGCUGACUAAUGGGGUUGAGGGUCAAGUUCUGCCGUCCGAGAUAUUCCACUGGAUAUUUAUAUUUAAAAUGUUUACAUGAACUCGUAACAAACUUCUUGCCUACUGCUGAUGUAUGUCUAUAGAUCUCAACUAAUUUAUUUUAGUGGCUACAUCUAGGUCUUUUAUUUGUGAUAGGCUUAGAAGAUGGGGGUAAGUUUGUUAGUGUUUGUCUAUUGAGGGAUUUCGGAAUUCUCUGCAGUGGCUACUUUGUUUUUAAUGUUUUAAAAGAAUAAAUUAUUCGAAAUGUUAUUUUAUAGAUAAAUGAUCAAUUGCAUUAUAUAUCAAUAAAACUACCAUUUUUUAUUGAAAAUGAAA